AUGAGUGAAUGGCGGCGAGUCCAAUUCUUCCGCCAAAACAUCCUAGGAACUAUGACUGAUAGAGUGGGGGAUCCAACACAACCAAUUGAUUUAUAUAAGAAGGUUCACCAAGAAUCUUUAAAUUUAGUUUUACAAAAUAUUGCAACAGGUGAUUUCUCGGAUCAACAUCUUCAACCAUAUAUGACGAGACUUUCAUAUUUUACAGAAUCACUCUCUAAUCCAAAAUUUAAUAAAUUAACUCCAGAUUUUGAGAUCUAUUCUGAUAAGACGUCUGUCGAAUUCAAAUUUUGGAAUGAUUAUUUUACAAUAUCAAGCAAAAACUCUCACGAAAACGAAAUCCCAUUCUGUUAUAAUAAUAAUCUUUAUCCAAUUCUUGAAGAUAUCGAAAAUGGAGUAAUCAGUAAAAUGCUUUUCAAAAUCCUUCGCUAUUUUAAGCUAGAAUUCCUUGAUGGAAAAGUUUUGGUUGCUAUCAUCGAUUACAGGUCGAAUAUAGAGCAAAGGCAUUACGCAGAGUUAUCUAUAACUCCUGAAUAUUUUAAAGAGCUCACCAAAGAAUAUCCUCCUAUAAUACAAGAUAAAAUAUUCACCGAUUUAACUAGCAAAGAAAUUUGUAAUGAUCCUUCUCCAAAUGUUGCUAGAUAUAGUAGCAUUGUUGACUGGAGAGAAAAAAUGUGGAAACCUGAAAGAAAAUACGAAUAUUGUUUCGAGCCUAAAGAACCUGAACUUCCUAUUAAGAAACCCGACUUUAAAGUUAUCGGCACCAAUCAAAUUUCCGAUUUCCAAUUACCCGCUGAUAUCAAAAUUCCUGAUUUGGUUUUACCAGCGAAAAAAUAG